AUGCCUAGCAUUGAUGAGAUCAUAGUGGAAAAGGACCUGUGCGGCCUAUUCAGAGCGGCGCUUGCAAGAGGCGAUAGUAUGGUUCCAAGCAGGCAUAGGGUGAUUGGAAGAAUACGAGCACUUGGGCCGCUGUCGAUUGAUGAUUUGGAGGGAUUUAUGGAUAGAGAGGUUGUGAAUGAGCUGGAAAGGUUUAAAAGAUGGUCUGUGCUGAAGGAAAUCAAGAGGUAG